AUGAUAUCUGAUGAAUCCAAGAAACAUGAAAUUGUUAAAUUUCAGUCCAGGAAAUCAACCCCCCGAUACCCAGAAUGUAAAUCUCACAAUAAACAACAAAGUACAAUGUUCUGUAAAAAAUGUGAUAUUCCUGUUUGUACAAAGUGCCUUGCAUCUGAUCAACAUCUGGGUCAUAAACUAUUAGAAAUAAUGCAGGCUUUAGACGAGAAAAAAGACAAAAUCACGAAACAACAAACUGAAUUAAAGGAAACAAUUUAUCCAACCUAUCAGGACAUUGCCUCUGAUAAACUUAAAGCUGAAGUUGAUGAGAUAAAAAACACACAGCUACAAACUCUACAGAAACAUCUGGAUGAAAUAAACAAGGCAAUGUCUGACAUCAAGGAUGAAAUCAACCUAGUUGAAAUGGAUAUAGACACAUAUGACUUGUCAAAACUAUUUGAUUUCACAUCAAAUGUAAAUAUAUACAGAAUUCUUCCACAAAAAUUUGCACCAUCUUUACCCAAAUUUACUCCAGGAAAAAUUCAAGGAGAAAAACUUGGUAAACUGUUCGGAACCUUAUCAUCAAGUUCUUUAACUUUAGAUAAACAUGGCUACAGCAUGAAGACAACAGAAAAAUCACUAGAAGCUGGCUCCUCUCCUCGAGUCAAACAGCUGCUUGAUAAACCAGAGAUUGUCACCACCAUAGAUACUGAGUAUAAUCAAAUUUAUAGUAUGGCCUGUGUGAGUGAUAAAGAAAUCUGGACAAAGGGAUAUGAUAGCACCAUGAAACUCUACAGCAUCAACCAGGGAUCACUACUCAAGUCAAUCACAACCAGGUCAGGGAACAUACCACAGGACAUAGCAGUGACAAAAAGUGGAGAUCUAGUGUAUAUUGACGGAAGGGACAGAACUGUGGACGUUGCGAAGAAUGAGAAGAUAGAGGAGGUGAUCAGACUAAAGAACUGGGAACCUAUUCGUGUCUGUAGUACCUCCUCUGGUGACCUGCUGAUUAUCAUCCAAUUUACUCCACUAGGAAUCACCACAGACAGUCAGAGUCACAUCCUUACGGCUGAUUUUAACAAUCACUGUGUCCACAUCAUAGACCAGGAUGGACAGUUCCUCCGUUACAUAGAGUGUGAAUUAAGUGGACUCUGGGGACUGUGUACAGAUACAAAUGACAAUCUGUUUGUUAUUCAGUAUGACAACGGACAAGUGAAGAAAAUUAAAUAUCUGCAAUGA